AUGGCAUCCUUAUUACCAUCAACUGAAUCAGGUUAUUUACCUUAUUGGUUUCUUUUGACUACAUGCGCUGGGACGUAUAAUGCUAUUCAAAAUUACUUCGUGAUCUGGCAGAGUAAAGAAGUAUACUCACUCAAAGCGCAUGAGAUGACUUUCCUGGCUGGAAGGAUAUUCGGUACUUGGACUUUACUAGCCAGUCUCAUAAGAGCAACGGCAGCUUACAACGUUCACGAUAGAGUAGCUUACGACUUGGCUAUCGGUACAUACGCACUGGCAACAUUCCAUUUUACUUCUGAAUGGUUGAUAUUUGGUUCAGUCAAACCUAAUAGAGGUUCAAUAGGCGCUUUGAUCGCUGGAUGGACGGGAUUGAUUUGGACCCUUACUCAGAGAGGUCAUUACUUGUCAUGA